UUUGUAGUAUAAAUUUUUAACACAUGAAGGGAAGAGACUAACUUCUGAUGAUGAUGUAUAUUAUGCUGUUGGUCUUACCCGAUGGUUUACAACUGAAUUAGAUGAAAACAUGGAAGUACGGAUUAAAUGGCCACCUACAUCUGUAGAUGCGGGAAAUUUAGUCAGAAAGGAGAAAUCGCCUGAUCCAAAUUGGGGAGAAGAAAUUGUUUUAAUUAAGAGAUUUUAUGAUUUAUAUGAUAAGGCUGCUGCUUCAUGUAAGGGAUACGUAGAAGAUUCCAAUUAUGAAACAGAUCAUCGUGAAUUAGGAAGAGGACACAGAACAAAAAGAAAGAUACAACGUUUAGACUCUGAAUCUGAAAAUGAAUCAGACUCUGGAUUGCAAAAUUCUAGAGUCAAAAAGGGAAAGACUCGUUCAUCGAACAAGAAUUUUCAAAAAUUAAAGAAAACAAUACCAGCACCUCCUCCUGUUUCUUUUGUUAUGCCACGAAGAUCCCCGCACGAAUUAGUGCGGCAGCAGACUCUCGAACUAGAGAAACAACCUCUUAAGAAGAUAAAUAUUAACAAAAUCUCUGAAAACGAAAAUCAAGUGACCAAACGUAUCUUUAACAUGAAGAAAAAAAUACAGGAAGAAAAAGCUGAAAAUACUACGCUCUCUGAAAAACUUCGUCAAUUAUUGUCGAAUAAAAAACUCCAAAAAUCUUGUAAAGAUAAACCAACCCUGUAUCAAGAUGAAAAGACACUUGAACAUCAAAAUGUAGACGAUUUUGAUUUGGAUAAAAUUGAGAAUUUUGAAAAUCAAAAUUUUGAAAAAGAAAAUAUUACAUCAACGAUUCCAGAGAAGCAAAUUGUUUCUGAAUACUGUCCAUCCUCUACAGAUACCAAAAUUCUUUCGCCCAGCUCAUCUGAAAAGGAUUUUGUUUAUAACUCACCAAGUGAAGAGUUGAAGAGAAAUAGUUCUUUGUCACAUCUAUCCUCUUCUGCUGUAGGCAGAGGUUCUUUUAAUGUAAAAUCUCAUUCUAAUGACAACUAUUUGUAUCAAUCUGAGAAGUCUGAAAGCAGUUCAUCUCAAAAUAAGUCUCAUUCUAAUGACGACUAUAUGUAUCAAUCUGAAAAGUCUGAAGGCAGUUUUUUUCAAAAUAAGGAUGCAGAUAUUUCUCUUGUAUGUCUCAUCAAAAGUAUGUAUCAUAAUGAAAUAAAAAAAGAAUUAAAAGAAUUGAAUAGUAAAUUAGAUUUUUGUUUACUAAAUCAAGAAAAACUACAUAGAUACAUACUUCCGGGUGAGAAAACUAUUAAAAGACUCACAGGAUUCCCCUCGCUUCCAGUUAAAUCUGAACAAGAACUACAGGCUUUAGAAAAAUUUUUAUCCAACGAUGCAAAUUUAUCAGCGGCAAGUAUGUAUUUUGGAAGAUUUGUAGACAAAAAUAGUCUGGAUAAUUCAGUCAGGAAGAUAUUACGAAAUGUUAUUUGUAAUGAUGUAGCAAACAAAUACAGCUUUCAAGGAGCUAAAGGGAAAAAAAAAUUUGAAAUAUUGAAGACGUGGGAGCUUAUUCUAGGUGCACUACUAUUAUAUUUUGAACCAGAAGAAAUGGUCACGGCUGACAAUGUUGCAAAGUUAUGGUUGGCCAAUGUUCCAUGGCGCACACAAACGGAUGGGACUAUUCGUGGCAAAAAAUGCAACCAAAGAGAAUAAUAAAUAUGUAUAAAAAUAAAUAAAAUUAAUUAAAAAUAUAUUAAAAACCUUUUUUGUUAGUUUAUUAUUAUUUGUAUAAGAAUCAAUCACGGUUUUACCAAUUAUGGUUGAACUAACAGUUCAAGUUAAUAAAGUAUGAAAAGAUAAAAAA